AUGAAUCUUUUGUCGGGCUCAUCGAAGCAGUUGGAGCACUUCUAUAAGAAGUAUGAUGGUGAGGAGGUCAGGGGUAUUCCUACCGCCCCUGAGCGGGUCCUGACAAGGGUUAGGCUGGAGAAUCGGGUGCGGAGCUCAAGAGAGACAGGAGGAAUAGAUAAAACAGAAUAUAUAUUACGAAAAUAUCUUAUAAAUUUUCAGCCACAUGCUAAUGAUGUAGAGGCUUGGUGUAGAUUGUGUUUUGGUCGAUUAAGACCCCCAGCAAGGCUUGGACAAGACCCGUCUAAAAUAAAAUCUGAUUUAAAUACUAGUGAGAAUGAGACUGAUAUAAAGAUGGAUUCUGACAGGGAGACAACUGAUACUGACAGACCAGAAAGUUCUACAACAUUUCCCUCCCAUGAGGGGAUUUUACCUCUAGUUAGUGUAAUGGUGGCCAUGGAUCAGCCGACAGUGUUAAAAGUUUUAGAGUAUCACUUAAAUUGGUUUGAAGCCACAGGAUUUACAGAAAGACAGGGUUAUUGGUUUUAUGCAUUAUUAGUAAGUCUAGAUAAACCAUUAAUACCAGAUGCCUGCUCCUUGUUACGAGGUCUAGCUAGAGCUUGUUCAAGAUUACGUGCAUCUCUGGAGAGCAUAGAUGACCCAAGACUUACACCAUUAAACUUAUUCAUAUGUUUAAUAUCAAGAUACUUUGACCAAUCAGAUUUGAUGGAUCGUGUCACAUGACAAUACUGCAGGGAUGUUAAACUAUCAGUGUUCUUCAGUAAUGUUCCAGAUAUGUUAGAUAAGUCAGGUCUUGUGAACUGUAUCAAAUAAAUGAUUACAUGUGGACAGUACCAUCAUCUAAGAAAACAAAUUUGUAUAGACAAGCAGUGUGAUAAAAGUUACCAAAUGAAAGUAUUCUUCUAUUUUGAGUACAGCAGUUUGAGAAAUAGUUUGAGCAAUAGUGGGGCUAUCCUAUUCAUUCAGUGCCUUGUGCAUUUUUGUGGAGCUUGAUUGCAUAACAUUUAGUUAAGGUUCUUGGUGCAAUAUAAUGUCUCAUAUACAUAAGUUAUAUAUAUGAAUACACGCAUAUGUGUUUACGAUGGAUCAUAAUUUAGAUUAAAUUCUCGAAUUCUACCUGUCCAGCUGGUGUAAACAUGCAUACAAGGAUGAUGAAAAGUGCAUUACAAAGAACCCCAAAUUCUGUUCCUAUAACUGCGGAAGUUAUUCACUGGUAGCUUCUCACAUGCCAUUUAUAUUAUUGCUGUAUUUUUACUUGAUUUACUUUUGUUUAAA